AUGGCGUCUAUGACUGAUUUACUUACGAACCUUCCAGAAAUUGUAGAAUUUAAUGAUUUCGGAAGAAUUAAAGAGACAAUUCUGAUGAUUAGUCCACGGAUGUUUGAUAGAUACUUGAAUGAGACUCAGAAUUUGAUGAACAAGAUCGGAAGUCUUGCGAGUAUCGUUAUUAACGAAAGUCCCAAGGAGCCGGACUUUGGAGGUGAAACUGUUUCUGUGAAACCAUUAAAACUCGGGUUACUUCAAUUUAAAAAGAAUAUUAGUGACUUCCGUCAGAAAUAUGCUACACUUGCUAGUCACUUUGCAUACUAUAUGGACUGUGAACUUUUUCUUAAUCAGGAGAAAUUAAUUAAAAAUGUGACUUGCCUAUCUGAGACAGAAUCAGAAGUGUUUAAAUAUGGUAGACCAUUAGAAACUACUAUUUGGUAUUUCAAAUCUGACUUGGAGAGAUUAAUAGGUUGUUCAUACUCUUUCGAAAAUAGUGAAAGAGAUUUGAUUCACCAAAUAAACCUUUUACGCGAGGUGAUAAAUAUAUCUCAAAUCAAAGUUGUUACAAAUAGAUUGGGAUAUCUUACUAUCGAUAAUUGA